CCCAUCCCGUCUGUGGCGCCUGCAGGGAUGAGCACCGCGCCUCUGUGCAGCGCUCAGCACCCCGAGCGUGUGAACUCCCUCCUCACAUCCACAUGAAUCCCCCCUUUUGGUUUGCAGCCAUUUCCCUUUGUGCCAUCCCACAGCCCUGCUGCAGAGCCUGCCCCCUUCCUUCUUACAGCCCCCCAGGGUCUGUGCCCGCUGUGCGCUGCCCAGGUCCCUCUGCUGGUGUGUGCACGGCACGGCACGGCUCGGUGUCACGCGCUGCCGAGGGGCCGUUUGUGCUGUUUGUCGCACGCGUCUCCGUGGCUCUGCAUCUUUCUGCUCCGCCGCCAUCUUCCUGCGGGCAGUGCUUGCCGAUUGCUUUCACAAAGAUCUCUUUUGACCAGAGGUGACACGGUGAGAGCUCGUUGGCUCGCCAAGGCCCGGUUUUUGCUUUAUAUUGUGCGAGUUCUUCCUCAUCUUCCCUUUUUUUUAAUAUCCUUUCGGGCCGAGUAGGGAUGGGGCGAGACGCGUCUCUGAGGCAGAGGACUACAUUUCCCAGCAUGCGCCGGCGAGGCGGGCAACGCGUUCUCGGCGGCUGCACGCCGGGAAAUGCAGUUCCACAGCCAGAGGCGGGGAGAGCUGAAGAGAAAAGCCCUCCCUCUCCCCGCGCUGCUCCGAGGAGGCUUCUGAUUGGUGGAAAGGCGGUUUGGCGCCAGCGACGGGUAGCGGCCGGGGUCAAAGCGGCGCGGGCGGCGCUGACAGCAGGACGGUCGCGCUCUGCGCUGCUCGGCCCCAUGAAUCCCGCACCGGCCGCCUCCCGCCGCCGCCUCCCGCACGUCUCUUCGGCUUCCCCCGCCGCCGCGGUCAAGUCUCUCUUUCCCGCCGAGCUCUCGCCGGUGUCAGAUCUCCGCCUCACUAUGGAGCAGCUGGGACACGGUCAGCAUGAAAAUACUGCACAAGACCUGGGAAACAAGAGUGCCAAUGGUUUGCAAAGAACAGUGUCCUCAGAAUCAACAGACUCAGGUUGUGCCUUGGACUCUCCUGGCACUCCGACCCCCAGCGACAUCAGAGAGGAAACAUUUGAGAAGGCAAUUCUUGCAUCUAGCAGGCUGAACCUUCGACUGCCUCUCAGAAGAAUACAUUCACUGCCGCAAAGACUCCUGGGCUCCAGUCCUGCUCUGAAGAGAAGCCAUUCGGAUUCCACGGAUUGUAAUGCUUUUCAGCUCCUAGAACAGAAUGAGAAUAAGGAGAAUGAGUCAUUUGAGUUUAAGAAGCCAGCCAAGCCAGCUUCUCGGAGUUCUGCACACAUCCAUGAUGGGAAGAGUGUUCUUGGCCAAAGGCAGAACUCAGCCCUGGCUGAGGAGUUUCCCAGUCAAGAAAUGCCCACGGGUGAACUGGAAAACUACAGGCCAGCUUUCCUGCAGCAGCCUUCCCUGACCUGCUCUGAAAGCGAAGAUGACGACGGAUUCCUGGAGCUCUUAGAUGAGCAAGAUCUGAAAAACGAUGAGGAGAUGCCAUCCGACGUGGCGAGCCUCUGGACCGCGCCGCUGGUUGGCAGGAGGCCGGACAGCCGGGCCAGGCGAUGCCGCCUCUUUGGCUCUUCGUCUCUGCCCAGCGGUGUGGGCAGAACCACCCAGAAAAGAAUGGAGAGGUCCCAGGAGGAGAGUUCUCCAGGGAAAAGCAAGAAGAGGAAAAGCCUGCCUGGAGCACAGUCUGAAGACUCAGGGAACACAAAAAUAGUAAAGACUCAAUCCUCUGCAGCAGAAAUUGAGAGCAUUUUGGCCAGUGACCAGAGGGACCUUAUUGGUGACUUCUCAAAGGGUUAUUUGUUCCACACUGUUGAUGGGAAGCAUCAAGAUUUAAAGUACAUUGACUCGGAAAUGAUUGUGUCUGUCCUGACUGGGAAGUUUGCAAGCUUCAUUAAGCAGUGUGUGAUCAUUGACUGCCGCUAUCCGUACGAGUACGAAGGAGGACACAUCAAGGGUGCUGUAAACCUCCACAUGGAGGAGGAUGUGGAAGAUUUCCUGCUUAAGAACCCCAUCCCUCCCUCCAAGAACAAACGGGUGAUCGUUGUCUUCCACUGCGAGUUCUCCUCGGAGCGGGGGCCCCGCAUGUGCCGCUUUGUGAGGGAGCGGGACAGGCUGGGGAAUGAGUACCCCAACCUGCAUUACCCUGAGCUCUACGUCCUCAAGGGGGGGUACAGGGACUUCUUCCUGCGGUGCCGGAGCUUCUGUGAGCCCCAGAGCUACCGCCCCAUGCACCACGAGGACUUUAAAGAAGACUUGAAAAGAUUUCGCACCAAGAGCCGAACCUGGGCCGGCGAGAGGAGCAAACGGGAGCUGUACAGCCGCCUGAAGAAGCUCUGAGGGCCAAAAAAGUGAACAAAGACUGCAUCCCGUGGCGGGGGGAAGGCUGCAGCCUGCUCCUUGCUGGUGGUUAUCUGGUGUUUGCUCUCAUCUCUUGGGGAAUCCAAUCCCAUCCUGCUGGGAAUGCUGCGGUCACCGCUGGAACUGAGCAACCUGGGAGCUGGCUUUGGGGCUGUGUGCUGCUCCAUGGGAACGACUUUGCACAUCACCACAUCCCCCAGCUGGUGGAGGAGGCUGCGGUGCCUUGCGUGGGGCACGGCUGGGGCGAGCAGUGAGGGUCUUUUAGUGCUGGUAGCUUUUUAAAUGCCUUGUUUUAAUUUAAAUACAGUCCGACCAAGCUU